CAGCGCCGGCUGAGCAAACAUGGCCCGGGCGGCGCGCGUAGCGUGGGUUCUUGGCUUGAGCCGGUGCGCCCUGGCUGAGGGGUCGCGCAUACGACCCUGGCCGCCAAUCUCGGCUCAGAGCUUGGCCGGCUACACCAGGGCGGCGGCAGGAAGCUCGGGCCCGGCGGUCCGCAAGGGGAGCCCGCGGUUGCUGGGGGCGGCGGCGCUGACCCUGGGCGGCGCGCUGGGGCUGUACCACACCGUGCGUUGGCACCUGCGCUCCCAGGACCUCCGCGCCGAGCGCUCGGCUGUGCAGCUGUCCCCAUCCAGCCAUCUGCAGCUGACCCUGUACCAGUACAAGACCUGUCCCUUCUGCAGCAAAGUCCGUGCCUUCCUCGACUUCCACUCCCUGCCCUAUCAGGUAGUGGAGGUGAACCCUGUCAGAAGGGCUGAGAUCAAAUUCUCCUCCUACAGGAAGGUGCCCAUCCUGGUGGCCCAGGAAGGAGACAGCUUGCAACAGCUGAAUGAUUCCUCAGUCAUCAUCAGUGCCCUCAAGACCUACCUGGUGUCAGGGCAACCCCUGGAAGAGGUCAUCACCUAUUACCCACCUAUGAAGGCCACGAAUGACCAGGGCAAGGAGGUGACCGAGUUCUGCAACAAGUACUGGCUCAUGUUGGAUGAGAAGGAGGCCCAGCAGAUGUAUGGCGGGAAGGAAGCCAGGACGGAAGAGAUGAAGUGGCGGCAGUGGGCAGACGACUGGCUGGUGCACCUCAUCUCCCCCAAUGUGUACCGGACACCCGCUGAGGCCCUGGCUUCCUUCGACUACAUUGUCCGUGAGGGAAAGUUUGGGGCUGUGGAGGCCACCAUGGCCAAGUAUGUGGGUGCAGCUGCCAUGUACCUCAUCAGCAAGCGCCUCAAAAGCAGGCACCACCUACAGGAUGAUGUCCGUGCAGACCUCUAUGAGGCAGCCAACAAGUGGGUGACAGCCGUGGGCAAAGACCGCCCGUUCAUGGGGGGUCAGAAGCCUAACCUUGCUGACCUGGCAGUGUAUGGUGUGCUGAGAGUGAUGGAGGGUCUGGAGGCCUUUGAUGACCUGAUGCGACACUCUCGAAUACAACCUUGGUACCUUCGGAUGGAGCAGGCCAUUGAGGAAGCUCCCUCAGUGCACCCUAGGCCCCCUAGCUGCUGAGACUAGCUGCUGAGGGCCAAGACCAUGGCCAUGCUGGUAAGGGGCAGAGUCGUUUUGUCUCUGGUCCACCCAGUCCCUUCUGGCCCUCUAUUGGACAUUUGUAGGGACAUUGACACUGGGGACAAGGCCCAGACUCAUAGCUAUCUGAGAGUAAAGGGUCAGGAGAUCACAGAGGACCCCAGUUUCAGGGGCCUGCUCUUCCAACAAGGAUUCCUUUUCAACUCUCCCAGGGCUCAGUGACCCCUUGUUGACAAGGAUCAGACUGGCUCCUACCCUGGACAAGGGGAGGGCAGUCUGCAUUAGGAGAAUCCCUGUUCCCAUGUUUCCUGGUCCUAGCUUUCCCCAGGUAUUCCUGGGACUACUGUAUUUGCAAUAAAGGAGAGGUCUGCUAUU